AUGACUUUUUCAUUUCUUGAGAUUAUCGGGGCUCGAUCAAGAAAUUUUGCCGAGCAUCAUGUGCUUGCUGUGGGUGGAGGUCAGCCAACGGAUCGAUCUCUUCCUGGUCCAACUACUUCAUUUUCAUUAUCCGAUCCCCGACCUGCACCCCAACUCGGUUUUGCCCAAUUCUCACAAAUCAAGCUUGAGGUUCGUUCUUCGACACUAAGUCCAUGGAAUGUUCUCGGAUUGGUUAUUAUUGCUUUUCUGCUCGCAUUUGUCUGUCUGGUUCUAAUCGGAGCCUUUGUGAGAACCCGGUGGAAGCGUCGUCAAUUCGAAGAGAUCAUUAACUUUUCACAGUCAAUUUUUGUGAUGUUUAUUCAACCGAAUACCCCAAAAGUCUACCCACAAACGACAAUCGCUGCCUAUCAGGCUUUCCUGGUGGAUACUACCUUUGAUCUGCGCCGUGUCUCACCCCCAUCCACUUCUUUUCCUUUAUUGCGAAAUUCACUAUCAAGAGAUGGUUGGGAGGAAUGGGCAUUUGGUGGAUGGUGGAUUUUCACCCUUUUUGCCCUCCUUCUUUUUGCGUUUACGUCGAUUUGUCUAUGUGUAUUGGCUAUUUCGUUCCAUCGGAGGAUCAACUUUCCCGAUGAGAUGCUUUCUCAAUUGUUGACAAAUCCACGAAAUGAACAACCAAACGAGCGUCAACCUCUUUAUUCAUCAAAUCAUAUGCGAGAAUUGGAUCGAAGACGAAAGAUUUUCUCUCAACGAUUAAGAUAUUGCACUUUU